AUGUUGAUUGAAACAUUUUUCUGUGUUAAACGUGAUGAAUCGGAAGAUAUUAGUGCACAUGUGGCCAAACUGCAAAAGUUAUUUGUGGACCUGAACGAUGAAUUAUCAAAACAUGAAGAAAAUACGCUAUCUGAAAGAAUCUUAAAUGGUCGAAUUUUGUCUACACUGGGAAAAGACUACGACAAUUUUAAGGAUCUCUGGGAUACGAUACCGACAGAAAAGCAAAGCUUGAAUUUAUUGAUUGAAAAACUCUGUACUAUUGAACUGCGUGAACAAGACGUUAAUGGAAGUGCAGCUUUUGUCAUUUCUAAAACAAGAAAACGGCAAACAAGUAAUCAGCAAGUAAAGAUGACGAAGUCACAAUUAAAACAGAAGUUUCCGUGUAAUAAAUGCAAACAAUUAGGUCACUGGGCAGCAGAGUGUCCACAGAACACUCGUGACAGCAAUCAAAGAAAAGAGAAGAAGCGAGACAGUGAACACGCUGCAUUUACUUCAUACGCUAUGGGUGUGUGUACCAGUAAUCACAGUGACCCAAAUAAAUGA